UGUGGGCCCGGCUUCCGUACUCGCCUCGGGGCCCGGCCGUCUCCGCAGCCUCCAGUACCGCGGCUUCUCGGGCAUGAGCGGGGUCUCCCGCCGCGGCCCGCUACCCUGGCCGCCGCUGCCGCCGCAUCCCAGCUUUGGGCCGGCUCCGGGACCAUGCCCCUGGCCGCCUACUGCUACCUGCGGGUCGUGGGCAGGGGCAGCUACGGGGAGGUGACGCUCGUGAGGCACCGGCGGGACGGCAGGCAGUAUGUCAUCAAAAAGCUGAACCUCCGAAACGCCUCUAGCCGAGAGCGGCGCGCUGCUGAACAGGAAGCUCAGCUCCUGUCUCAGUUGAAGCACCCUAACAUUGUCACCUACAAGGAGUCAUGGGAGGGAGGGGACGGUCUGCUGUACAUCGUCAUGGGCUUCUGCGAAGGAGGUGAUCUGUACCGAAAGCUCAAAGAACAGAAGGGGCGGCUUCUGCCUGAGAGUCAGGUGGUGGAGUGGUUUGUUCAGAUCGCCAUGGCUCUGCAGUAUUUACAUGAAAAACACAUCCUUCACCGAGAUCUGAAAACUCAAAAUGUCUUCCUGACAAGAACAAACAUCAUCAAAGUGGGUGAUUUGGGAAUUGCCCGGGUGUUAGAGAACCACUGUGACAUGGCCAGCACUCUCAUCGGCACACCUUAUUACAUGAGCCCUGAACUGUUUUCGAACAAACCCUACAACUAUAAGUCUGAUGUUUGGGCUCUGGGAUGCUGUGUUUAUGAAAUGGCCACCCUGAAGCAUGCUUUCAAUGCAAAAGACAUGAAUUCUUUAGUUUAUCGGAUUAUUGAGGGAAAGCUGCCGCCGAUGCCGAAAGACUAUAGUCCAGAGCUAGCAGAACUAAUAAGAACAAUGCUGAGCAAAAGGCCUGAAGAAAGACCCUCUGUGAGGAGCAUCCUGAGGCAGCCUUACAUAAAGCGCCAAAUCUCUUUGUUUUUGGAGGCCACAAAGGCAAAGACCUCCAAAAAUAAUAUUAAAAACGGUGACUCUAAAUCGAAACCUGUUGCUGCAGUGGUUUCUGGAAAGGCUGAAUCAAAUCAUAAAGUCUUUCCCCUCCAGCCUCACUCUUCUGAGGGCUCCAAGACAUAUGUAAUGGGUGAAGACAAAUAUUUGUCCCAGGAGAAACCCAUGGUCACUGGCCCCUUGAAGUCACCAGCAAGUCUGAAAGUCCACACCUCCAAGCUGGACGUGAGCAAUACUGCAGAAUCACUAGCCACGAUCAGUAGAGUGAAUAUUGACAUCCUACCUUCAGAAAGGAGGGACUCACUGAAAGAUGGCUUAGUUCGAGAGAAUGAGCUAGAAGGUAAAUGUGGUAUUUCUCAAGUGAAGGAGAAGCUGCAGGAUGGCACAAAGCCCAGCACUCACCCCAGAAACCUGAUUCCCACAUGGUCCUCUGGUGAUGUCGCUGGGGGAAGGAAUGACCGACUGAAUCCUCUGCAACCCCUAAACACAGACCAAAAGCCAAAAGACCAGGAUCAAGUUGCUGGUGAAUGUGUUCUAGAAAAACCAGACAGGACCAACCCAGGUUUACAGCCACACAGCUCCGGGUCUGAGCCUUCCCUCUCUCGACAACGACGACAGAAGAAAAGAGAACACCCUGAACACAGUGGGGAAAGGACACAGGUCAGCGGAGAUCUCUUUGAAUUCCAAGAGGCUCCUCCUCGACUUUUGCCUUCUCUUCCCACUAUCGGAAAAACGGAUAUCACAUUAUCACAAAAAGAUGCUGAAAAUCAAAGUAAAGUGGUCAUUGGGUCUACUGUGAGCUGUUCGAGCAGCAGGGAGGUGCCAUCAUCCAAGGAUCGACCAUUAUCAGCAAGAGAGAGGAGGCGACUAAAGCAGUCACAGGAAGAGGUGUUCCCCUCAGGCCCUUCAGUGAGGAGAGCUUCUCUGAGUGCAUCAGGACCAGGGAAACCACCAGAGGAAGGCCAGCCCACCCCUAGCCGAUGGUUGUCUUCUGACUGCUGUGCGGCUCAGGAAAGGAAAGUCAUCCACUGUCUCUCUGAGGAUGAAUUAAGUUCUUCUACAAGUUCAACUGAUAAAUCAGAUGGGGAUUCCAAAGAACGGAAAGGUCAUACAAAUGAAAUGAGUGACUUGGUCCAACUGAUGACUCAGACCCUAAAAUUAGACCCUAAGGAGAGCUAUGAAGAUCUCCUCGUUCCAGAUCCAGUGUCAGAAUUUAAACUUCAUCGGAAGUAUCGAGAUACACUGAUACUUCAUGGGAAAGUUGCAGAAGAAGCUGAGGAACUCCAUUUUAAAGAGCUACCCUCUGCUAUCAUGCCAGGUUCUGAAAAGAUCAGAAGAAUAGUUGAAGUCUUGAGAGCUGAUGUAAUCCAGGGCCUGGGGAUUCAACUUUUGGAGCAGGUGUAUGAUCUUUUGGAAGAGGAGGAUGAAGUGGAGAGAGAGCUUCUUGUAAGGCAAACAUGCCUGUUACAUUAUGAGGAGGGCCUGGAUAAGGUACGUUUGCAGGAGCACAUGGGUGAAAAAUACACAACUUACAGUGUGAAAGCUCGCCAGUUGAAAUUUUUUGAAGAAAAUGUGAAUUUUUGAUAAUUUAUUCUAAUCUGCCAGAACUAAAGACCUAUUUUCAAAGGUUUUUGGCUUAAACAGAAACAAACCCAUAAUAAUGGCUGGAGGCCAUUCAACAUCCUUAUAUCUUUUUUUUUAACUGGGGAAAAAAUGGGAUGGAACAGAGUAAAAUGAAGCAAUGUCACAAAACAAAGGAAAAAAAUCUGUGGCUAAUCUUACUCUUGAUGAAGAAAAUCUGUUAUAAGACUUUUGUUUGGUUACUGUUUACUGAGCCUUAAACCACCAACUUUAUAUUUAGAAUUUUAUUUUUCUAAGGUACUAAUUAGUUUGAUACGUAAGGGCCAUAAAAUAUUGGAUUGGAAGUUUUAUAUUGCACUAUAGUGAUAAAAGUAAUAGGAUAAAUAAGUGACAUAAUAUGUCUAGUGAUGCGAGUUGUCAUUGUUAAUAACCUUAGGUAGUUGAAAAAUUAUUUUUUUAAGAAAAUCAAUUCAUGAUUCUGGGAGUAGAUAUAAAGAAUAUGUAGUAUCUAGUAAUUGAGCAGUUCCUUUUUUAUAUAUUGAUGGAUGUUUAAUAAACCUUUUAUUUUCAUUUAAUAUGAACCUCAUUUAGGAUAUGCAAGAAUUGAAACUAAAAUAAUUUGGCUUUGUAAAUCCAUGUUUCUGCUGGCUUUUUUUAGAGUAACUUUUCAUCAGUGAAAACAUUUCUAAAACACGAAUUCCUUUUCCAGUUAAGCAAUUUGUAAGUGAAGUCCAGCUCCUUUUAGUUAUGUUGGACAUACUUACCUCCUGAAGUUUGUCUUUUUGUCUGUCAAAUUAUUGGUUGUCUUCCCAUGUUGUAAAUGUAUGACUGUAUAUCACAUAUUUUAUUAGUUGUUUAAUGAGGAGUAAUUCCCAUGUGGGAAAUAAGUUGUUUUUAUAAAAUAAAAGUCUUGAUUAGUAAAUUUUCACUUUUGUAUUCGAGGGACUUUAAAAAUAAAUGCUGUUCCGGAAACGUU